CGAAUAUGUUCAUAUCUUGCCCAGUCUACACUCCAUCGUCGCUCUCGUCAGUGAAACAAAUUCCUCUUGCCAUCGAGCAGAAUCUUAAAAAGGUCGACCUUGACAAAACAGCUCAAUAACAUCGUAUAUACAAAAUGUCAGAUUGGGACCUCAGCGAAGAUGAGACCCCGGUAGCACCCAAGGUCGCACCCGCUACCACCGGGACCAGCACGGCACCCGCCAUCGCCCCUACCCCUGCUCCUGUGGCCUACAAGUCGAGACGGUUCGAGGGUGAAGAUGAGGAGGAGGAAGGCGAUGACGACUGGGACGUCUCCGAUUCUGAGAAGAAAAAGUCCGACGUCGCUUCGGGAGCCUCGACACCAGCGACCGCGAUCAAGAAGAAGCGGAAUCUGAAGACCGUCCUCGCCGAGAAGGAGGCCAAGGCUGCUAUGGCCAAGGACCAGGACGAUAUUAUGGACGACGAGACCCCGCAAGAGAGGAGGAGGCGGGAAAAAGCCCAGCAGGAAGAGGCCGAGGCCGCUGCCGCUGCGGAUUUCUUGGGCGCCGUCUCGCUAGGAGACGCCGCCGACCUGACGAAAGCCGAACCCAAGACCAAGGACGAUUUCAUCAAGCUCGCUCAACAGGUCUCUGCCGUGAUCUUUGAACGACUGCACGACAGGCCCUUGUACUCGGCUUUCGCAGAAGAGAUUGCCAGGAUGGCCGUCGUCCCGCUCAAGGACGUGGAUACGAGAAAGAUUGGAAGUGCGAUCACUGCCGUGGCGAGCGAAAAGACCAAGGAGGCCAAGGACAAGGCUAGCGGGAAGAAGAAGGCCACCAAGAAGCCCGCUCUCGGUGCCAACAAGCGUGUCAACGAGGCUGACACGACGGCUUAUGACGAGGCUCUGGACGACGAUCUCGACUUUAUGUAGACACGAGAGGUUGGUGUACUUUACAUCGGGAUAACUUGUCGUGGUAGAUGAGAUAUUGUCGAUAUACGAUGGAGGCGUAUCACGUGACUGCAC